AUGGAGGUAGCUGCCAGUCGCACAGCCUAUUUCAUGAGCAAAAGGUCAAGGAGGCUUGGGAGGGUGAUCGGUGAGAUGCAAAUGGAGCCACAGGGCUCCUCUCUGCAACAAAACUCCACGAUUGCUCCCGGUGAUGUAGCGUCGUCCAAGAAGAAGAGGAAUCGGCCAGGCAAUCCAAGACCUGAUGCGGAGGUGGUUGCGCUAUCACCGCAGACGCUAAUGGCAACGAACCGGUUCAUGUGCGAGGUGUGCCACAAGGGUUUCCAGCGGGACCAAAACUUGCAGCUGCACCUACGCGGCCACAACAUGCCAUGGAAGCUGAAGCAAAAGAACCCCAAGGAGGCGCGUCGGCGGGUGUACCUGUGCCCAGAGCCAACAUGUGUGCACCACAACCCAUCUCGGGCACUGGGUGACCUCACGGGGAUCAAGAAGCACUACUGCCGCAAGCACGGUGAGAAGAACUUGAAGUGCGACAAGUGCAACAAGCGCUAUGCCGUGGAGUCCGACUGGAAGGCGCACUGCAAGACCUGCGGCACCCGCGAGUAUCGCUGCGAAUGCAACGCCCCCUUCUCCAGGAAGGACAGCUUCGUCACCCACCGCGCUAUGUGCGAGGCAGCACUGGCAGCAGAUCGUGAGACCGCCCAGAUGCCGCCGCCGGGCGCCGGCCUCUACGUCGACUCAGGCAGCGAUAGCCAGGGCCUCGGGCUCUCCGGCGCCGCCGCCCACAUGAAUGGCUUCGCAGAUCAAGGCCAGUCCUCUUCAGCAGCAGAAGCCUCGCUGUUUGACCACGUCAUGGCAUCGUACUCGGGCUCCUCCAGCAUGUUCCGUUCUCAGGCGCCGUCAGACUUCUCGUUGUCUUUCUUCCUCGGCGGCGGCGCUCCUGCCAAUACCAACCAAUACUUCUCUGAGGACGGCGGUGAUCACGCCGAAGGAUGCCAGGGUCCUCUUCUCCACGGCAAGGAGCCCUUCCAUGGCCAUGACAUGAUGCAACUCCCGGAGCAGCAGCACCACCACCAGCCAGGCAGCAGCAACGCCAACAUCAACCUCCCUGGCUUCUUCUCUGGCACCAGCGGUGGCUGGUCCGGCAGCAACCAGCAGGUCUCGCGCCUUGUCAUCCAAGAUCAAUUCAACGGCGGCGCCGGCGGCGGCAACACCGAGCAUAGUAACGUGAUGGCGUCCAUCGGAAGCCACUUCGUCGGCGGUGGCUUCCCUUCCCUGCAGUACAACUCAUCUCCAUCUCCAUUGGCCGGGCUCUCGGCGACGGCGCUCCUGAUGAAGGCGGCUCAGAUGGGCUCGACGUCGAGCACCACCCGCACCGCCCCCAGCGCGCUGCUCCGUGCAGCCGGCUUCACCGGCACCGUUGUCAGCGGCCAGGGGACUAGCAGGGCAGCAGAAGAAGGGAUGUCUCACGAGCAGUCUGCUCACGAGGCACACUUCCAUGAUCUCAUCAUGAACUCUCUACCGUCAACGGGAGGCUCCGGCACCAGCGGCUUCUCCGGCACUGCAGGAUUGGCGGGCGUGGACGACGACAGUCGUCUGAGCACAAGAGACUUCCUCGGCGUCGGCAGGGACGACGCGAUGGCGCCGGCGGCUAGCUUCCACAUGGGCGCCGCCCUGGAUCCGACCCAGAUGAGAUGGUACAUGUGA